UGUCAACAAGGAGGAUUUGGAAAACAUCCUAUUGGGAGAUUAACAAGGACAGAGCCCCGGUCCUUCUCUGUGCAUGUGUGAGCGCUUGCGUGCAGGAGAGAAAGAAAGAGGGAGGGACAGACAGGACAUCCCAGCGUGUGACAGAUGGAGGAGGGAGGUGGGGGUGAGCUGCCUGGUAGGAGGCUGGCAUGUUUUCCCAUCUAAACCGGUGACAAAGUGGCGAGCAGUGGCUCCCCGGAGCAGAGGAGAUCACAGCCACCGCACGGAGAGGUACGCGGAGCGGGAGGAGAGCCGAGCACCGCGCAGCCUGCAGCCGCUGGAGCCACAGCAUCGGGGCGGGGAUCAGAACCGAGCCACAUCGGAGGGAGCGACGUUUUUUUUCUUUUUCCUUUUUAAACCCGGCGAACGGGGCGCGUUGUCUGCCGAAACUCCUUCCCAUUCCUCCUCCAGAUCGGCAGACAUGGGCGUGACUUCCCCCCCGCUGCUGCUAAUAUGCAUAUACCUGACGGCAGUCGGCCGGGCGCGCUCGGAGGGCGUCUGCCUCCAGGACGGCAAGCACAAGGCCACGCCCGGCGCGGAGCCACGCCUGUCCGAGUGCGGGCUUUACGCCGACAACAGCUGCUGCACGGAGGAAGACAUCCAGGAUAUUGCCUAUGUUCCUUCUGACAGCAAUAAGAAUGAACCCUGGGACAAAUGUGGUCCUCUGAGCUCAGAGUGCGAGGGCUACCUGAAGCGCGUGUCGUGUUUUUACCGCUGCUCCCCUGACGCCUCCCGCUGGCCUCAUCCUCACCGCCGCUCGUACAUCCAGGCGGUGCCGCUCUGCCACAGCUUCUGCCGUGACUGGUUCGAUGCCUGUAGGAUGGACAUGACGUGUGCUCGCAACUGGGCCAGGGACCCCCGGGGCCAGAACUGCACUGGGACCUGUGUUCAGUAUCAGCAGAUGUAUCAGCACGGCAGGGAUCUCUGCGAGAGCCUGUGGGGCGACGCCUUCAUGACGGUGGAGGACGACCAGCAGGAGGCCGGAGAGAACGGGGCGGAGGGCCGGCCCUGCGGCUGCCUCACCCUCAGUCCCUCGGACAAGGACGUGAUCGCAGCGCUGCGGGCCCAGCAGGACGACCCGGAGGAGCUGGACACCACCAAGGCCGGCCUGCCGCAGUACCGGGCCCCCUGCCGGGCCAAGAUGCCGGCGCCGGCCAAGAGCGGCCGGAGGGCGAACUCCGUCCUGCGGAAACGCUCGGUGGAGAUCGACGACGUGGAGGGGAGCGGGAGCGGUUUGUAGAUCCUGUUCGGUAAAGAUGCAUCACUAGUUUCCGAUGCGUAAUGCUAAACUGUGAAAAUAAAGGCGUAACUUUGUUCUUCUAAAAAAAAAAAAAAAAAUGACCGCAUGGGCGUACAUAUUUACAGCGACGGGUUAGGGCCACUGUAGAUCCAGGAGAACAAGAAGUAAAUUUGCGAGAUAAAAACUCUGAAAUUUUUAGAUUAAGCUGAAAGCUUUCUA